UCUUAAAAUCACGGCCUAAAGGCAUUCUUGCACUUCGGUAGAUGCCCAUUCUCAACGAUUGAAGACCAUCGAUUGAAGACUUAUCGGCAAACCAAUCCUUCUUCGCCGGCAGCGCCUCCAGCUCCGGCGAAGACCCACUUCCAGAGGGUUGAGGAUUCAACGUGGCUAGUCAGAUGCAGAAGCACCUUCAAGCAUUAGGCCCCAGUUUACUAAGAAUUGGACCUCCGUAAGCCAGAAUGUUAAACUAGGUGGGGUUAUGGGAUCUUUGGGAUCCGCUCCAUUGCAACUUUUGGAUGUCAAAGGGGAUGAUGGUAUUGCUGAGUUAAUCAAACUCUCUAUCUCAUUGGAUGAACGGUUCAGGUUAGAUGCAGUAGAUAUUGAUUAUGAGAAUGAAGUUGAUGGAAAGAUGUUGAAAAUCUUAGCAGCUUAUCAUGCUGAUCUUUUCAAUUUAGGUGGUUUACAGAUGACUAGAAAUGGUCUACGAGUUAAAUUAUCAGGUAGUAACAGUCAUUUGUUCAGUAACAACUUCACAUUAGCUCUUAGGUUGCAGCUCAGAGAUCCUUUUCGUGACUUUGAAAUGGUUGGAUCAUCAAUGCUUGCUCUGGCUCAAGUUGAAAGAAUUUGUAUUCCUGUGCAUGGCGAAAUGCACAGCACAAAUAGAGAAACGGAUUUGAGCAACGAAAAGGAUGAUCUGAAUGAAGAAUUUGCUAUGGAAGGAACCAGUGCUGAAGAAAAUCAUAAGUGCAUCAAUGCACCAUUGACCAUUCAUCUGUCUAUUUAAAAUCUCGGUGUCCAUGUCGCAGGUUUUAAUGUUGAGCCAAAUGGUAGGGGCAUGUUAAUUGAUCCUAGACAGCUACAAUCUGGGUCUCGAUGGUUACUUUCUAGUGGUAUGAAUAGGACAAGCAAGCAUCCUUUUCCCAUGUCCAAUCAAAAUCAUCCA